AUGGCUCUCAAAGUGAGAAUAAAAGUCCCGUGGUUCCAGCCAGUUGUAAGCGCGGGGUGUAGGAAAUCGAGGUUGAAAGUCUCUGUGCUUGAGAGUAUAGCCAUCAUCCAUAUAUAUGAGUAUGGGAGCGUCCUUUUUGACGAGAACGGAUAUUUAAACUGCCCAGAAUUUUAA